AUGGCUAUUAUUAGCAACAUGUUUGCAGUUGUCCUCACUGAACCAAACUUUCUCAGGCCCUUCACUAGACAGCCACACAGAACUCCUACACUGUUGCAUGCAAUCACCACAAGCGGUGUCCCCUGUCUUGGUCUUGUAAAAUGCUCAACAGUCAUCACUAAGCCUUGUGAUCAAACCCCCAUUAGGCGAUCAGCAAUCUACCAACCUCCCAUUUGGACAGACGAUUUUGUUCAGUCACUCAAAAGAAGGGUGAAUGAGCUGAAGAGACAUGUGAAAAUGAUGCUUGAGGAAGCAAAGAAGCCACUGGAUCAGUUGGAGUUGGUGGACAACUUGCAAAGACUAGGGGUAUCUUAUCAUUUUGAGGAUCUCAUCAAGAGAGUUUUGGAAAACAUAUACAACAAUAAUGGCAGCGAUGAUAAGUGGUACAAAGAAGAUCUAUAUGCCACAGCACUUCGAUUUAGACUCCUAAGACAGGAUGGUUAUAAUGUUCCUCAAGGGAAUUGCCUUGCCCACUCCAAGAUACUUUCACCUUCUAUUGCUAGGUAUGAGGCUUCAUACAAGUAG